AUCAAGCACCUAGGCAUGCAGACUGCUUCUACAAACAUUUGUGAAAGAAUGGGUCGCUCUCUGGGGCUCAGUGAAUUCAAGCAUGGUACCGUGAUAUGUUGCCAUCUGUGCAACAUGUCCAUCCAUGAAAUUUCUUUGCUACUAAAUAUUCCACAGUCAACUGUUAGUGGUAUUAUAAUAAAGUGGAAGCAACUGGGAACAACAACAACUCAGCCACAAAGUGGUGAGACACAUAAAAUGACAGAAUGGGCUCAGCGCAUGCUGAAGCGCACAGUGCGCAGAAGUCGCCAACUGUCUCCAGAGUCAAUAGCUAAAGACCUCCAAACUUCAUGUGACCUGCAGAUUAGCACAACAAAAGUGUGUAGAGAGCUUCAUGGAAUGGGUUUCCGUGGUCAAGAAGCUACAUCCAAGUCUCACAUUACCAACUGCAUGCAAAGUGUCGGAUGCAGUGGUGUAAAGCACACCACCAAUGGAGAAGAGAAUGGUACUUGCCUGACUGCAUUGUGCCAAGUGUAAUGUUU